GUUGCAUCGCUGAUGAAAGCAAUCGGCAUUGGGAAACACAGUCGUGAGGAAGUGAUUAACAUCGGCAGCGAGGAUCUGAAAGCAAUCUCAAUCUAUCUCGGCAGCAAGCACUACUUCACUGGAUUCAAACCUACUCGAGUAAGCUCCGUUCGGAAAAGACCUACGCAGCUGAGUAAAUGA